CGUUCAAAUGUGUUCCCGUGUGCUCGUUCAGGUUUUCAGCACAGAGAGACCAGUCAGCGGACGACUUACUGACUCGUUCAAAUCUAGUUUGCUAGCUAGCUAUUAGGAUUUCCUCUGGUCAGUGACUUCCCUGGCAACGUUAGCUAGCUAAAAAUGUCAAAGUUGGAGCAGAUCUUGGUUCUCGACCCCCCCGCUGAUCUCAGGUUCAAAGGUCCCUUCACAGAUGUAGUCACCACAAACCUGAAGCUGAAGAACCCAUCUGAUAGAAGAGUCUGUUUCAAAGUAAAGACAACCGCACCCAGGAGGUACUGUGUCCGGCCCAACAGCGGCAUCAUCGACGCUGGCUCUACGGUCACCAUCUCUGUGAUGCUGCAGCCAUUCGACUAUGACCCCAAUGAGAAAAGUAAACACAAGUUCAUGGUCCAGAGCAUCUUCGCUCCUCCUAAUGUGGCCGAGAUGGAUGCCAUGUGGAAAGAUGCUAAACCCGAUGAUCUCAUGGAUUCCAAGCUGAGAUGUGUCUUCGACCUGCCUUCAGAAAACAAAGUGAAUGACGUGGACACGAUCAGCAGGGCGCCGGCGCCUGUGCAGAACUCCUCCAAGAUGGCAGAUGUCCCCGUGGCAACGGUGAAGACGGUUAGCGCUUCGAUGGACGACUCUGAGAUGAAGAAACUAAUGGAGGAGUGCAAAAGGCUCCAGGCUGAGAUGAGCAAGCUGACAGAUGAGAACAGACAACUCAAGGAAGACGGCGUGAGAAUGAGAAGGGCUGCCCAGCGCUCCGACCACCCGACAUCAAACCAGACGGGUCCCUCCUCCAUGAUGCAACAGACCCCCUCUCUGCCCUCCCUCCUCGUCGUCAUAGCAGCCAUCUUCAUCGGAUUCUUCAUCGGGAAGUUCAUCUUGUAAACUGGGUCUGGCUCUGAAAUGGCGCCUCAUUCCCCACGCGGGUCACCGCUCGCGCCCCCGAACCGUCGGGACGGUGCCCCGCGGAGGGGGUGGGGGACUAGGCGCCAUUUCUGACGCCGCGCCCGGGGGGAGAUGCCGCCCCCGACGUAUCCCAUGACAACCCCUCGGCUCCGGAAUCAACUGGCCUGGAUGGAAGAGGGACUAACCGGGAGGAGUGGACGAUGAAGAAGUCUUCCUGUGGACAUGUCACUGGCAGUACCGCGGUGCCCAUCGUGGUCUGUCUUUGCGGCCGGCCGUGUGCUGCCCUUUAACCGCCUCUCGCACACGGUUAGUUCACGCGGAGGACACGCCAAAUGAAAGGGAGAAGGAUGGAUGAUGUAUGGACAGACAGGUUUGUGAUAACACUCAGGCACCAUGCGGGUUGGUCCUGAAUGCCGCCCUAUUCCCUCCAGGGUUCUCUACUUCAGACGAGCCUCUGCAGGCUCCGGUUGAAUGUAGGGCACUGUAUAGAAUAGGCCGUCAUCUGGGCCCCCGAACCCCUUCCCCUCCUGGGGCCGUGAGCCUGAAGUGGUGGAAUAAACGGUUCAGGUUUCUCUCUCUCGGUUGUUUUAAUAGGAGUUGAAUGGAAUGUUAAGUGUCUUGUAAAUGUUAUUUUAAUCCUUUUAAGAUAAAAGGAGCGAAGUACUUCUUCCAUUGUUGAACACCGACGCCUCACUACCUGUUGCAGAAUCGCCUCGGAAACGGGCUGCCUCCCCAACCACUCCCUAUCCGCCCCAUGAUGGACUACCUAACCAGAGCCGACGUAGAACGCUGUGUAGGGGAUAGGGGGGCGUUUGGGAGACGCCCGUAGACCUCUUUUGUUUGAUUUUUCUCUCUUUUUCUCUGGGGAAUGUUUCAGGUCCAUCACGAGGUGACUCCUUCCCUUGCUCUCCUCUUCCUUCCUUCCUUGUAUAUUUCUGUCCUGGUCCUUUCCUUGACAAAACCAAUGCAGACUUUAUAUAUUAUUAAUAUUAUAUUAUUUUGUUCUUCUGAAUAUAAAUCAUAUCCCCCUUCUAAGGAAAAUGUUGACUGAAAAAAUGGUCUCCGUUCUUACGACCCUGUCCCACCCAUGGUAUCAAACAUUGAAGAAAUAAAAGUGAAAACUGUGGUUUUUGACAGUG